AAUGUCGAUGAAUUCAUGCACCUUUUCAUAUGUCAUUGGGUGAGGAAUGUGGCAACAAUAAGAACCGAAAGACGCAAUAACACUCUAUAUAGACACACAAACAUACACAAUACUCACAAUACUCGCCUCACACAGCAAGCCGCCAACAGCCAGAGUGUCCUGCCGCCACUUUCUGACAGCCCCAGCACACUCCUCGCCUCUCAACAUCCACACAAAAUGAAGCACACCAUCCUACCAGUAGUGCAGUUUGGGGUGAUGGGGACGGCGCCCACAGCCGACGCCCAGCCACAAUUGCCUCACUGGAGUGCUAUGGGUAUGGGAGGUGGUAUUGGUAUCGGAUUUGGACUAGGACUUGGCAAUUAAUUCGAGCACAUCACCACUCCACCACUGCCACCACCACCACCAUCAGCACCACCACCACGACCACCAGGGACCACCUCUUCCCUCUUCCCUCCCUUCCUUCCUUCCCUUCUUUCCCUGAACCACACUCUUAAACACUACAUGCAUUGGCAUUACACUUGUACCUCUGAUUUUCGAAACUAAAUUUGCAAGAUCA